ACAUGGUGCUGGUCUGAAGCUCCCACUGCUCACUUUCCCAGUCAGAAGCUCCUCUCAGGAUGUGGGGAUCCUAAAGCAGAAGGUCUCGGAGCUCCAGCAGCAUGAGGAAAGCCCGAGGAGCUGAGGAGAUCCUGGAGGAGAUCCGAUCUGACCUGCUGGAGUGUAAGGUUUGCUUCGAGCAGUUCAUCUUCGACAGAAGAUCUCAGAGACCGCGUAACCUGCCCUGUGGUCAUCUGAUCUGUCUGAGCUGCGUCUGCGCCCUGUCUCACCCCGUCUCGCGCCACCUCGAGUGCCCGUUCUGCAGGACGCCCUGCGAGGAAGGUGGCACCUACGAAUGCCAGGCCCUGGUUGACCUUAAUGAUCUCGUUGGAUCGUAUUUUCUUCAACCGGAGGGGAGAGUGCCAGCCUGGCAGCAGGGGUCGGGGUCGGGAGUGAUGCGUCUGUGCAGGACGUUUGGAGGAUGGGAUUGGAUCGUGAACCCGACCGGUGUGGCGGUGUCCGGGUCAGAGGUCCUGGUGGUGCACGGAGGGUCAGAAAAAGGGGCCGGGUUCGAACGUCAUGGGAAAUUCUUGAGAACUUUCGGUCGUGAAAUCUGCUACCCGCUGGACGUUGCCGUGGCUCCAAGCGGACAUGUCGUGGUGACUGAUGCGGGCGACUGCUCGGUCAAGGUGUUUUCGCCUGUAAGACAUCUGGUAGCCACUAUCUCGGGCCUUUUUGAGCUCCCUUGGGGUGUUGACAUGGACUCCUCAGGUCACAUCCUGGUGACAGACGCCAGCUCUGGUACAGUCUGGCAACUGAUGAUGGACUUUCAGCGCAGUGUCGUUUUGGUUAAAAGAGUGGUGGUGAGGGACCUACAUCAUCCACGGGCUGUCAGCUGCUGCAGAUCAUCUGGACAUGUUCUGAUCGUCGAGCACCUCGGGAACCAACCUAAAAACGAUGAGCUGCUGACGCGCCUAAAUCUGUUCAGUAAGGACCUGGUCCUUCUGAAGCAGCUGGACACUUUCAGCCUGGACCUGACCACUUCGGUGAGGCUGAGCAUCUCGGCUGUAGCGUUUGAUAAAAAGGGGGAUUUAAUCGUAGCCGAUGCAGAUCACGGGAUCAUCUGGAGUUUGGGUGAUCUGCAGGAGAUGCCCGUGUUGAUUCCUCUGAUCAAAGAGGGACUGCUGCGUCCGGUGGGACUAGCAAUGACCGAAGAGAAUGUCCUGAUUGUCCUGGAUGGUGAAGAUCACGCUAUAAAGAUGUACUGUAGUCAGCCAGUUACGACUUAAAGCUGAUGGACUAUUUUGUUAAAGGUGUUCAGAAAAGGCUGCAUAAUACAACCAUCAUUUUCCUUCCAAAAACAUGCAGAAGGUAGAUUGGUUUCUCUAGAUUUUCCCUGUUUAGCCUAAGUAGCUCAUUCAUUGCUUUUCUAAUUGAAUCCAUAAAUUUUGUCAUUGGCCGUCCUCUUCCUCUUUUACCAUCAGCUCUCUCAUAGUUCGUUCUUCUCAUAAUGUGCCCAGUAGGGCUGUGGAAGCUCAGCAGUUAAGGUUCUGGACUAGUAAUCAAAAGGUUGUUGGUUCACAUCUCACCACUGCAGGAUCUGUAUGACCAAAAGCUUUAGCAUGACAACAUUUUCUACAAUAAAAAGAAAGCCACACACGACUGCACUCUUUAGAGAUGCACAACAAUAAGUCAUCUAGGUUGUAUUGUUAAAAAAUGCAAGCAUGAAUAAACAGUUUGAUGU